CUUGCAUCCAGGCUUCGGUGGAAACAUGCCUCCUCCCUGAAGGUGGCCAACGAGCCCGUCUUGGCGUUCACCAAGGGCAGCCCCGAGCGAGAUGCGCUGCAGAAGGCCUUGAAGGACCUGAAGGGCCGGACCGAAGCCAUCCCGUGCGUGGUGGGGGAUGAGGAGGUGUGGACCUCAAACGUGCAGUACCAGGUGUCGCCCUUUAACCACGGACACAAGGUGGCCAAGUUUUGCUAUGCAGACAAGGCCCUGCUCAACAAAGCCAUUGAGGCCGCCUUGGCCGCCAGGAAGGAGUGGGACCUGAAGCCCGUCACAGACCGGGCCCAGAUCUUCCUGAAGGCAGCAGACAUGCUGAGCGGGCCGCGCAGGGCAGAGGUCCUUGCCAAGACCAUGGUGGGACAGGGUAAGACAGUGAUCCAAGCGGAGAUCGACGCGGCAGCCGAGCUGAUCGACUUCUUCCGAUUCAACGCCAAGUUUGCCGUGGAGCUGGAGGGGGAGCAGCCCAUCAGCGUGCCGCCCAGCACCAACAGCGUGGUGUACCGGGGGCUGGAGGGCUUUGUGGCGGCCAUCUCCCCUUUUAACUUCACUGCGAUUGGCGGCAACCUGGCGGGGGCGCCGGCCUUGAUGGGCAAUGUGGUCCUUUGGAAGCCCAGCGACACGGCCAUGCUGGCCAGCUACGCCGUCUACCGCAUCCUCCGCGAGGCUGGCCUGCCCCCCAACAUCAUCCAGUUUGUGCCAGCUGACGGGCCCACAUUUGGGGACACGAUUACCAGCUCAGAGCACCUGUGUGGCAUCAACUUCACGGGCAGCGUGCCCACCUUUAAAAACCUGUGGAAGCAGGUAGCCCAGAACCUGGAUCGCUAUCGCACCUUCCCACGCCUGGCUGGAGAGUGCGGUGGGAAGAACUUCCACUUUGUGCACCGCUCCGCGGACGUGGACAGCGUGGUGAGCGGGACCCUGCGCUCGGCCUUCGAGUACAGCGGCCAGAAGUGCUCAGCCUGCUCCCGCCUCUACGUGCCUCACUCGCUGUGGCCUCAGAUCAAACAGCGGCUGCUGGAGGAGCACGGCAGGAUCAAAGUGGGCGACCCUGCAGAAGACUUCGGGACCUUCUUCUCUGCAGUGAUUGAUGCCAAGUCCUUCGGUCGCAUCAAGAAGUGGCUGGAUCACGCCCGCUCCUCGCCCAGCCUCACUGUCCUGGCGGGCGGCAAGUGUGACGACUCCGUGGGCUACUUCGUGGAGCCCUGCAUUGUGGAGAGCAAGGACCCUCAGGAGCCCAUCAUGAAGGAGGAGAUCUUCGGGCCUGUGCUGACCGUGUACGUCUACCCAGAUGACAAGUACAGGGAGACACUGCGGCUGGUGGACAGCACUACCAGCUACGGCCUCACGGGGGCAGUGUUCGCCCAGGAUAAGGACGUUGUCCGGGAGGCCACCGAGAUGCUGAGGAACGCUGCCGGCAACUUCUACAUCAACGACAAGUCCACUGGCUCGGUGGUGGGCCAGCAGCCCUUUGGGGGGGCCCGAGCCUCUGGAACCAAUGACAAGCCCGGGGGACCCCACUACAUCCUGCGGUGGACGUCGCCCCAGGUCAUCAAGGAGACCCACAAACCUCUGGGGGACUGGCGCUACUCGUACAUGCAGUGAGCCCCUUGGCGCCUCCGCCGUCCACCUGUCUGUCCGUCCAGGUGACUGACCUCGGUGCACUGGGCCUACCCAGCCCCUCCACCCUGCUCCCCAGGGGGCAGCCCCUUUUCUAGAGCCAAGGGCUGGCCCCGAGCCCCCCACUGGCCCGUAUCCUGGCCUGUCUCGCAUCUCGGGGUCAGGCGCCCAGCCCUGGUUUGAUCCUGCUGAGAAGGGACAGGCGUGCUGCCCCUCAUCCCAUCGGCCGUCCUAGGAAUUACCUUGCAGAGGGUGACCUUGGUGCCGGCUGGCUCGCCAUCUUUUCUCCUCUUGCUUCUGCACUGUGGCCCAGUGGUGUCGCAGGGGUGGGGAACGUCUGGCUCGAGGGCCAUAUAAGGCCCAGAAAAUCGUUUGGUCUGGCCCUGCCAAGGCAUUAGGGGUGAGUUAAUUAAAUGUUUGACCGAAUAUAGCAGCUGAUUUUUAAGUUGAUAAUAUUGUCUGGCCCACGAAUGAUGUUAUAAAUAUCCAAAUGGCCCUUGGCAGAAAAAAGGCUCCCCACCCCUGGCUUAGGGACUUGGGGAAUGACAGUGGGGCAGCUCCCAAUCCCUUGAGGGAACGGAGGCAGCUCUGGGCCCCUUGGCAACCUCAUUACCCACAGGGCUCCUGGCCUUGGCCCUGGCGUCUCCAGGGCUGCAGGAGUGGGUGUGACCAGGGCGGUCUGCAGGGUGCCAGGGCACUAGCUGACCUUGCCCUCUUUGGUCUGGGUCAUCCUCCUUUCACACUAGCUCUUUGCCCAACCACAGGAGCCAGUGGGUACCCGUGCCUGACCUUAAGCCUUAGAUGCCCAUGUGCCUUUCUCCAGGGCUCCUGCCUGCCCGUGUGAUUCCUGACCGUCUCCAUGUGGUGAGGCUGGGGGGCCGUUGGAGGCCACCUGCCAAGAUGUGGGACAUGCUGGUCCUUCCUGUUGGGGCUGGGAUUUUGGAAACUGUGGAUGGGCCCAGCCUCCAGGACGGCCACCCUCAGCUGCAUUGGCCUGGUUUCCCUGCGGGAGCUCAGUUCCCACUGGCUGUGGUAGCACAGGCCCAAGUAGACGUUGCUCCCACUAUCCCAGCCCCCUGAGACCUCCCCUGGGUCCCCGUCCUGCCAGGACCUGGGGUUGCCCGUAGAAUCUUCUUCCUUUGCAUGCGAGUGGCUUUGCGUGGACUGGCCCUCGGGGGGCCUGUUCUUUGUUUGAUGCAGCCAAUCGGUGGACUCUCUAGGACAGUGGUCGGCAAACUGCGGCUCUCGAGCCACAUGCGACUCUUUGGCCCCUUGAGUGUGGACACGAAGUUUCAAUUGCACUGUACGUGCGUGCCUGCACGUGAUAUUUUGUGGAAGAGCCACACUCAAGGGGCCGCAGUUUGCCGCCACUGCUCUAGGACAACUAGGUUGGGUUCUGAGUGGCCAGGGAUCUGUAAGGGGUGACUUUGGAGAGCAGUUUUUAUGGAGCCGUAAAAGUGCUGGGCCCUCCUCAAGGACAACUGUCAGGGGCUCCCCACAGGGUAGGGUGGCCAUUGUCCAAGUGCCGAUGCCGCCUGGCAGGGUGCGGGUUCUGCACCGUUUCCCACAAGGCACCAGAUCAGGAGGCUGGGUGGGUGGGGUGGAGAUGUUCCUGGUUCUGCUGGCUCUACACUGUGAGGUGCCAUGGGACUCGCCCUGACGUCACCCCAAUAAAAUACCUGUGACUUAAUCAAA